AUAGCACUAAUUUCAAGCUAUACGCUGCGCUGUUAUUGGUGGUUCGUAGCAUAUUCUGGUGUUUUAACUAUACUAUACUGAGAGCAUUGAGUGACGUUUCAAUAUUUAAUAAAGGCAUCUCAAUUUGAAAAAAACUGUAAUUGGAAGUCAUAAAAUUCUGGUGGCUAAACAAUUCCGAUCUAUCAAAUGGGAUCUGUACGGAAUCAUGUUGAUGCACAGAUUACAAUGAGUAUUUGGAGUUCGUGAUGUCAAUGUUAGAAUUUAAGAAUUGACAUCAAGCCUUGCGUUUCGUUUCACCGAAAUUCUAUCCUAUUUUAACCAAACGUUAAACUAUACUUCCUGAUCUCAAGCUGUACACACUAAUGAAUCAUUAGACUCAGUUACUCAAUCACGAAGCUCAAAUAUAGAGGGUUUAAUAUGUUUGCGGACAAUUUAUUUUAUGUUGUUAAUGAACGUCUAAGUUCCUAGUGGGAUCUCCUGCAUUAGAAUACGGAAACAUUCGUACCAAAACUCAUGUGGCUCCUCAAAAGCUCUUCUUGGAGCGUCCAUGCGGACGUAGAAAAUCUUUUAAAUGACUCCAUUCCGCCAUGAUAUUAUUGGUGCGAUAUGAAAGUACGGCAUACUGAUGAACCAGAGUGACUUAUCAGUCAAUGAGGAUAAGCUGCAUAGUUGCAAACAAUUAACAACAAGACGCAAUAAAAUAACAUUGGAAUAACAACUUUGAUCUGAUCAAUCAACACUCAUGCCAAAUGAAUUUUUUAGUAAAGGAAAAAGUUCAAGUUUACAUAUUGAAAGUCGGGAUAAUGUUCAUAAUUCGGGUUAUCACCCCGUAGUUAUCAUCAUCAUAUGGCAUUGGUUAUAUUUUAGAAAAGGUUAGGAAGUUGUAUUAUGAGUAGUGCUGGAGUUCUAUGUUGAGUGUACAAAUGAGGGUGGUGGUUUUUAUUAGAAACCGACAUCAGUUAUAAUGCAUUGCUUCGUCAACCCUCUGUUUACAAGCUUGAGAAACUUAGGAUCAAAAUCUAGCAGAAGGGUUGGAAUGGGAAAAUACUAUCCAAUUUAUUUAGACACUCGGUUACUCAUUGAACCAUAUUAGGUACUUUAGCACACAGUCUGCCUUAAAAGCAGGUAUAGUUUAUUAUUUCAAGCAUCGUCUUAGCUUCACAUUUUUGUUCCACCAUAUGUAUUUUUAUUGAUUCCGAACGUUAUAAGAAUCAAAUGACAAGUUUCUUCUGAUAAUGAAAUACAUCUAUCAAUGCACUUCAAAUGCCUCACAGAGUAUACAGGAAGUUUUCAUAUCAUACGUUUUUACGGUUGGAAACUGUAAACUAUGUGUUUCAUUACGGAAAGAAAUACUGAUAUUAUCUGCCGUUUCUUUAAAAAAUGUCAUGGUUAACCUAAAGAAUGCUCCCGAACCAGUCAGAAACGAGUUGGUGACUUCAAGGUUACGACGUGCAUGUCAGUCAGCCUUGCCGUUUAGCUAACGAUAGAAAUAUGUGAACUUGACGACUGGUUGCAUUUUGACAGGUAAUAAUAAGGAAAAUGCAUUCGAGUAUUUAAAAAACAUUGGAAUACUAUAAAAAAGCAACCAUAACAUUUAUGUUAGUGCCGCAUUUUUCGACAACUAUUAUUAACUCAUGUUUUCAUCUUUUUAGGUCUCCAUGAGACUGAAAUAAGAAAUAUACCUCUCCCUAGACAAGAAACGUAUACAGUUCAAAAACAGAUCCCGAAAGUCCUAAAGCUCACCAGUUCCUUCUAGCAAACAGUAUGCCCAAUGAAAGACCGGAGGCGUAGAAAUAUCUUGAAUCUGAUUAUCGAUAUUUUCGUUAUUACGCUCAUCAACACAAGCUGAAAACACUUCUGUUUUCAAGAGAGUUUCGAAAGUCGACUUUGCGGAAUCCGAUGUUGAAUGCGAGUUAUCCUAACAACAUUAGUGAUUCCUGUUCAAUUUCCGCAGAAGAUACUAAACUUCUAUUGAUUUCCGGCAUACCUAAGUCUUACCACGCUUCUAAUUUAAGGAAUUUUUUCUCACAAUUCGUUGAGUCAUCUAAAUUUUCAUGUUUUCACUAUCGUCACAGACCAGAUAUCGUGGGUAUAGAACCAACUACUGAAAUAGAUGGAACCAAGUUCCUUAAGUCCAUCAAACUAGUUGCCAAAAGCAAAACAACGUGCUGUGCUAUUUUCUCUAUCUACGGAAAAUAUAUCAAAGAGCUUUUUCGUUUAUACAGUGGUCUUAAUUGGCCUAAUGAGAAUGACGAUGUGCCUUUAGAAUUGAAAUGUACCUUACAUUUAUUAGACUAUGCAACUGUGGAACAAUUUAGCUGUUUACCUGAGUUCAGACCACUAUCAUGGAUGCCUCGUGGGAACGUCGGGACACCUACUCAGUACUUUUUCAGUCUGAUCAAAGAGUGUAAACUGGAGAGUUCAAUCAUUUCCAAGCUUAAUUUAGACUUCUCUACUCAAGCUAAGAGCCGCAAAUAUGGUGCAGUUCCUUUCAUUUAUGAAAGUUUAAGUACAGGAGAUGAAAGGCUUCAAUUUUCGGAAUCAAAUAAUGCUGACUUUGAAUGUGGUGUCGUCUGUAAUUCCUAUAUUCCUAAUAAGCGUCGUGCACCCUCCAGUAAUGUUUUAGAAUUAGUUUCAGACCCAAUUAGUUUUGAGGAUGAGGAUGAUAUCCCAGAAGAAUGGGAUCGUUUCGAAGCAUUACACGACGACCCGUACAAUUUAGACAGAGGGAACAAGGCACAGUUAAAGUAUGAAAGUAAAAUUGAACUUGUUUGGGAAAAGGGUGGAUCUGGCCUAGUUUUCCACACUGAUCAACGUACUUGGGAGAAGUUAGACCCACUAAGAAAAGAAGAAAUUUUUGACGAACCCUCAUCUUUCGAUUGGGAUAUAGACAUGCAGCCAUAUGAAACACCAACUGGCAUUGGUACGGGUCCAUGUCCAAAUGGAUUUCAGGGUGGAGAUAGAGAUACAGCUGAACUUAUUGAUAUAAAUCGAGAAAGGGAAUCUAUUCGUGUUCAAGACCUUGCACAUAAUCCGUAUGCCCUUUUUACCAGCGAAGUAAUUACCAAAGGUUAUGGUGGGCAACUAUUAAAACGGAUGGGUUGGAUUCCAGGUACUGGACUCGGAGCUAAAAGAGGUCAUCCUAAAGUUUCUUCGGGGAUAAAAGUUCCUAUAACUUGUGAAGGUAGUCUUCCACCCAGAGUUCGGAAGGGUCUUGGUUACUACGGGGAGCGAAUCUCACGCAGUUCUAACAAGCAGUUAUUCAGUGGGGGAUCAAACUCCUGUAAAAUAGGACACGCAACAAAAUCUGUAUAUAUCCGAUCUGUGUUUGAUUCUCCGCAGACUGUUGCUCAUCGUAGUGGGCUUGGUUUUUCUCCCAGUAUUUUGAGACGUAAUGAUCCUGGGAUGGUCGUAAAAUGGUUAAAUGAUAGAGAAGAAUCAUUGGAUCAUCCGUUAUCCUCUAAACCUUUAUAUGAGAGACUUCCGAUUAAAAACCGUACCAUUAUUUUGAACGCUUACAGUAAUCUAUCUAAAGAGGGUAUUUCUUUUGUAUCUGGUGGUUACUUAAAUCCAUCAUAAUUUUUUCAAUGUAUUUAAACCUUAUGUAUAUAUAUUCUGUCGUAAUUCAAUGUGUAUAAAUCAGAGAUUUUUGUGAUUUCUUCAUAGUUUUAUAUUUUACCUUGCAUUUUUUAUGCUUAAAAUAAAAUCCUAAACUGUUGUUG